UGAGCCAUGUGGUUCUUCUUGGCUGCCUUGCUGGGCCUCUACUUCCUUCGCCGAUGGUACCGAGAGAGACAGACAGUGGAGAACCUGACCGAGAAGUAUGUUUUCAUCACCGGCUGCGACUCUGGCUUUGGGAACCUGCUUGCCAGGCAGCUGGAUCUGAAGGGCAUGAGGGUCUUAGCAGGAUGUCUCACCCAGAAGGGGGCUGAAGAGCUGGAGAAGGCCACAUCCGACCGCUUGAAGACCACCAUCCUGGAUGUCACCAGCACAGAGAGUGUUGCUGCAGCAGCCGAGUGGGUGAAAGGAUGCGUGGGGGACAAAGGGCUCUGGGGCUUGGUAAACAAUGCUGGCAUAGCUAUGCCAGUGGCACCCAAUGAAUGGCUGACUAAGCAGGACUUCAAAAAGAUCAUAAACGUCAACCUGCUUGGCGUGAUUGAUGUGACGCUGCACAUGGUGCCCAUGGUGAGAAGAGCCAGAGGGAGGGUGGUCAACAUGUCGAGUGUGUUGGGAAGGUUGGCGUUGUUUGGAGGAGGCUACUGCCCAGCCAAGUUUGGUGUGGAAGCUUUCACUGACAGCCUCAGGCGGGAGCUCCAAGAUUUUGGGGUCCAAGUCAGCAUCAUUGAGCCCAGUGGCUUCACUACAUGUAUUUUCAACAAGGUAGAAGAAAGCUUCCAGAAUGUGUGGAGUCAGGUUUCUUCUGACAUCAAAGAAUCCUACGGGCAGCUGUACUUUGAGAAAUACUGCAGUAUAUUUCAAGGUGUCUUAAAAGGAUUCAAACCCAAUCUCUACAUGGUCACUGACUGCAUAGAGCAUGCUCUGCUGUCUUGCUACCCCCGCACUCGCUACUCCGUAGGCUGGGAUACGAAGCUCUUCUACAUUCCUGUCUCUUACUUACCAACCUCAGUAGCAGAUUAUGUGUUAAGCAGUUUUAUACCUAAACCAGCACAGGCAAUAUAG